GUGUGUGUGUGCGCGCGUGUGUGUGUGCCCGCGCGCGUGUGUUGCAGCUCUGUCAAUCCUUGGAUUAGAACCAAUGAUUGCAGCUUGUAGGAGGGCUGUCCAGGGCCAGAUUGUACAACGUGCCUCAGUACCAGAGUGCGAGCCGAGAUAAUUACGAGGAAGUCAGACUCUCUCACGCCCUCGACUUCCUUGUGUCCUUCAGCGAAAUAGUGGAUUUAAACCUCAUUGUACCAGCGUGCGAGCAGCACAGUCUACCGGGAAAGAAAAAAAAGGAGGAAGGAAAAAACUGAACCUGACGAAAAAGAAGAAGAAAAAAAAAACCAUGAAAACCAUUCAGGCAAAAAUGCACAGUUCUGUUUCUUGGGCAGUGUUCGCGGGGCUGGCUGCGCUGUGUCUCUUCCAAGGAGUGCCGGUGCGAAGCGGAGAUGCCACCUUCCCCAAAGCUAUGGACAACGUGACGGUCCGGCAGGGGGAGAGCGCCACCCUCAGGUGCACGAUCGACAACCGGGUCACCCGGGUAGCCUGGCUAAACCGCAGCACAAUCCUCUAUGCUGGGAAUGACAAGUGGUGCCUGGACCCUCGAGUGGUCCUGCUGAGCAACACCCAGACCCAGUACAGCAUCGAGAUCCAGAACGUGGAUGUGUACGACGAGGGCCCCUACACGUGCUCUGUGCAGACAGACAACCACCCAAAGACCUCCAGGGUCCACCUCAUUGUACAGGUAUCGCCCAAAAUUGUAGAAAUUUCUUCAGAUAUCUCCAUCAACGAAGGGAACAAUAUUAGCCUCACCUGCAUAGCAACAGGCAGGCCAGAGCCUACAGUCACCUGGAGACACAUCUCCCCGAAAGCUGUCGGCUUUGUGAGUGAGGACGAGUACCUGGAAAUCCAGGGCAUCACCCGGGAGCAGUCCGGGGACUAUGAGUGCAGCGCCUCCAACGACGUGGCCGCGCCCGUGGUGCGGAGAGUGAAGGUCACGGUGAACUAUCCGCCCUACAUUUCAGAAGCAAAGGGUACAGGUGUCCCUGUGGGACAGAAGGGGACACUACAGUGUGAAGCUUCAGCGGUUCCCUCUGCAGAAUUCCAGUGGUACAAGGAUGACAAACGACUGAUUGAAGGAAAGAAAGGCGUCAAAGUGGAAAACAGGCCUUUCCUCUCAAAACUCAUCUUUUUCAAUGUCUCUGAACAUGACUACGGGAACUACACUUGUGUGGCCUCCAACAAACUGGGUCACACCAACGCCAGCAUCACACUAUUUGAAGUGAAAACUACCGCUCUGACCCCCUGGAAAGGCCCGGGCGCCGUCAGCGAAGUGAGCAACGGGGCGUGCAGGAGGGCGGGCUGCGUCUGGCUCCUCCCUCUUCUGGUCUUGCACCUGCUCCUCAAGUUUUGAUGUGAGUGCUACUUCCCGCAGGGGAAAGCUGCCGCCACCGCACCUACCAACACCACCGCACAGCAACGAGACAGCAACAAGAAGACAGAAAGAACCCAGCGAAAAUCGGAGAAUCACAGCCUAAGGGGACAGAAAUUCGAGGGAGGGGAGCAAAGAAUACUUUGGG